AUGUCCGAGUUGCAGCCCAUCACAGUCUAUGUCCACGAGGCUGGACCGAACCCAUACAAAGUCGUCAUUGCCGCUGAGGAGCUCUCUGUCCCAUACAAGACCAUUGUGGUGAAAGAUCCAAAGGAGGAAUGGUUUGCCGCCAUCAAUCCCAAUGGGCGGGUGCCUGCCAUUGUUGACCCCAACACGAAUAUCACGCUCUGGGAAUCCGGGGCCAUUGUCGAGUACCUGGUUGAGACAUAUGACAAGCAAGGCAAGCUCACAGUGAGCGAUGUCGCGAGCAAAUGGCAGCUCAAGCAGUACCUCCACUUUCAAAUGUCGGGUCAGGGCCCCUACUAUGGGCAGGCAAUGUGGUUCCAUACACAUGAAGAUAUCCCCGUCGCCAAGCAGCGCUACAACGAGCAGAUUGUCCGCGUGGUGGAGGUGCUCGACAACAUCCUGAAAGGCAAAGAGUAUCUUGUUGGCGAUAAGUUUACAUAUGCCGAUCUGGCCUUUAUCCCUUGGAACAGGGUGGUUGAGGGCCACCCGAUACUCAAGGCCAACGUUUGGGAUAAAUACGAGGUUGAGAAGAAGUACCCGAAUUAUGUCGCCUGGCAGCAACGUCUCGUGGCACGCCCAUCUGUGGAGAAGGCCUACAAAGGUUGGUAG